AUGGCCGUCCAAAGUAACGGCCACAGCAACAGCAAAAGCAACGGCACGAAUGGCGCAUCCGUGCGAUUCGCACCCCCGAAAUACAGCCCCCGCAUGAUGAACGGCUACGAUGCUAUCACCGACAUGGACACAGAAGUAGAGGUGGACGAAUACGACCAGCCAGAUGCCUCCCCCUACGAAACCCGCCGCAUAAUCCUGCUCCUCGGGCCGCACGAACGAAAACACGCCGUCCCCGAAUACUACCUACGCCAAUCGCCAAUCUUCACUGACAUCCUAUCAACGUGCCCGCACUUCAUCACCCGCACCGUGCCCUGCAUCCCGCUCCCAGAUGUCGACGACGACCUCAUCCACACGCUAGUCCACUACCUGCACACCGGCACGUACCAAACGCUCCGACCAGACCCGAACGGCGACUGGACCAAGACGGAGUACCGGCGCAGCGUGCUGUGCUACGGCCUGGCGACGCGGUACGAGCUCCUCCCGCUGCAGAAGCUGGCGCGCACGUACAUGCAGAAGCUCGACACGCACCUCAGCAUUUUUGAUGUGCUGGGUGUCGCCAAGAAGGUCUUCGGGAAGAUGGUGCCGGACUACGAUCCCUGGUUCUUCGACACGUAUGUGCGCGGCAAGAUGGCGGAUGCGUUCGUGGAGGAUCGCGAUCUGUUCGAGCGGCCCCGGUUUCAGUAUCUGCUCGGCGUGGAGACCGGGUUCGAUAAGUUUCUGGUCCGGGCGUUGGUGUCGAUCUAUGAGGCGAGGAUCGCGGAGCUGGAGGAGAGGGCCCUCAGGAAGGGGAUGCAACGGGAUGGUGGGGGAUACGAUGAGGCGGUUGGCGAUAUCGGUAGUAAGGGGUUGGAGGAUAUUGCUGAGGAGUAUCCGGAUGAGCAUGAGUUAUCAGUCAAUGGGCACGAGGAGUAUCAAUCACAAAAGAUAGGGCUAGACGAGAUCGAAGACCGACCGCCGUCGAGCGCCCACGCAUCGGAGGGCUAUCCCGAGUCAGUAGUGGAGGAAGAACCGACGGAGGAGUUUCCGGGCAUCCCUGCUGCUACGGCUGCCGCUGCCGCCGCAGGGGAGUACGAGGGAGAGGAGCUUCCAGCCGAGAGGUACGCGCCUGUUGACGAGCCGAUUGCAGAGGAGGAGCCCAUCCCCGACGAUGACCAUCAGGCUGAGCCCGCCGAGAUCCCCGCAGAUGAAUCUUGGAAUGGAUGGGGGAGCUGGGCGGCCCGCACGCGCGAAUGGGGCUAUACGACCACUCCCCAUGAGGAGCCGGCCGGCGUCCCGGAUGAGCAUCUUGGCCCCGAGCCUGUCCCAGAGCCCGCUCCAGAGGAGCCGCUCCCGGAUUAUCCGGAGGUUCAGCCGGUGGGGUCGGAGGAUCCUGCGCCUCAGGAAAGUCCCGUGGAGGGUGGGAGGAAGAAGAAGAAGAACGACCGCAAGAAGAGGAGCACCAUGAGCCGGACGCGCGCGCUGUUCUCGUCGGCAGAGGAGCAGCCGCGCGAGCAGGCGGUGUUUUGAGGUCUGUAGGAAU